CGCAGAAUACACAGCAUCUUGAGCCAGGGCUUAAAUUCAUCCCUGUCCGCCUGGCUCCUCGCAAAGCUCUGCCUGUCAGCUUUCCUCUGUCUCCUCUCAAGACUCUAAUACUCCUUGAAAAAGUACCAUAGUUCUGGAUUCUGUGGAAUUACUGAGGUGGCAGAAGGGAUCAUGGUGCAUACCAUAGGAAUGAUUGAAGAUUGCGGGAAAAGAGGAAAUACCAUGGCAGAAAGAAGGCAGCUGUUUGCAGAAAUGCGGGCUCAAGAUCUGGAUCGCAUUCGUUUGUCCACCUACCGAACAGCAUGUAAACUUAGAUUUGUUCAGAAAAAAUGCAACUUGCACCUGGUGGACAUUUGGAACGUGAUAGAAGCCUUACGGGAAAAUGCCCUCAACAACCUGGAUCCCAGCAUCGAACUGAACGUGGCUCGCCUGGAAGCUGUGAUUUCAACUAUUUUCUACCAGCUCAACAAACGGAUGCCGACGACCCACCAGAUCAAUGUGGAGCAGUCCAUCAGCUUACUGCUCAACUUCUUGCUAGCAGCCUUUGAUCCGGAAGGACAUGGUAAAAUUUCCGUUUUUGCAGUCAAAAUGGCCUUGGCAACUCUUUGUGGAGGAAAGAUAAUGGACAAAUUAAGAUAUAUAUUCUCAAUGAUUUCAGACUCCAGUGGAGUGAUGGUUUAUGGCAAAUACGACUUGUUUCUGCGGGAAGUUCUCAAGCUGCCCACAGCUGUUUUCGAAGGGCCUUCAUUUGGUUAUACUGAGCAAUCAGCAAAAUCUUGUUUCUCACAACAGAAAAAAGUCACGUUAAACACUUUCUUGGAUACUCUCAUGUCUGAUCCCCCGCCACAGUGUCUGGUGUGGUUACCACUUCUGCAUCGGCUGGCAAAUGUGGAAAAUGUCUUCCAUCCCGUUGAGUGUUCCUACUGCCACAGCGAGAGCAUGAUGGGGUUCCGCUACCGCUGCCAGCAAUGCCACAAUUACCAGCUCUGUCAGGACUGCUUCUGGAGAGGCCAUGCCAGCGGUUCCCACAGCAACCAGCACCAAAUGAAAGAGUACACGUCAUGGAAAUCACCUGCUAAGAAGCUAACUAAUGCACUUAGCAAGUCUUUAAGCUGUGCUUCCAGCCGUGAACCUUUGCACCCAAUGUUCCCUGACCAGCCUGAAAAACCUCUAAACCUGGCUCAUAUUGUGCCCCCCCGACCUGUAACCAGCAUGAACGACACACUCUUCUCCCACUCUGUUCCCUCAGGAAGUCCCUUUGCCAACAGAAGCUCUCCCUCCAAGAACACUGAAGUAGAGCAGAGCAAACUGCUGGCUAGGGCUGCUCCGGCUUUCUUGAAAGGCAAAGGGUUACAGUACAGCCUCGAUGUUGCAGACAGGCUGGCCGAUGAACAUGUGCUCAUUGGGUUGUAUGUCAACAUGCUGCAGAGCAACCCCGCACGCGUGCUCGACAGCGCAAGUCGCCUGGAUGAAGAGCACAAGCUGAUCGCCAGGUAUGCAGCAAGGCUGGCAGCAGAAACUUCUUCAUCACAGCAGCAGGCACAGCAGAGAGGGGCGGCAGACAUCUCCUUCACCAUCGAUGCAAACAAGCAGCAGAGGCAGCUGAUUGCAGAGCUUGAGAAUAAAAACCGAGAAAUCCUGCAGGAGAUCCAGAGGCUGCGACUUGAGCAUGAGCAGGCAUCUCAGCCCACACCAGAGAAGGCACAACAAAAUCCUACCCUCCUGGCAGAGCUGCGGCUCCUCAGACAGCGGAAGGACGAGCUGGAACAGAGGAUGUCUGCUCUCCAGGAGAGCCGAAGAGAGCUUAUGGUUCAGUUAGAAGGCCUCAUGAAACUGCUGAAGACCCAAGGGGCAGGCUCCCCCCGCUCCUCGCCUAGCCACACCAUCAGCCGACCCAUCCCGAUGCCUAUCAGAUCUGCCUCUGCCUGCUCCACACCCACCCACACACCUCAGGACUCUCUGACUGGGGUGGGAGGAGAUGUGCAGGAAGCCUUUGCACAAAGUGCAAGACGAAACUUAAGAAAUGAUUUGCUGGUAGCAGCAGAUUCAAUCACCAACACAAUGUCGUCUUUGGUAAAAGAACUAAACUCUGAAGUGGGCAGCGAGACAGAAAGCAACGUGGAUUCUGAAUUUGGACGGACUCAUUUUGAUGACCUUGUUCCAUCUCCAACAUCUGAGAAGGCAUUCCUUGCACAGAUCCAUGCCCGGAAGCCAGGGUACAUCCACAGUGCUGCUGCCACUGGAUCCAUGCGCAGUGACAUGGUUACAGAAGAUGGAGAUCCUUUUGUCAGAGCAGAUGAUGAAAAUUAUGAGAAUGAUUCUGUCCGCCAGCUGGAGAAUGAACUGAAGAUGGAAGAGUACCUGAAGCAGAAGCUGCAGGAUGAGGCAUACCAGGCAAGCUGCAGCCAGACAGACAACGAGAGCUACGUAAGAACUGAUGAUGAGGAGAGCUGCUUUCGGACAGAUGAUGAGGAAAGCUUAGCUGCAAACUUCACAGAAGAAUGGAACCAAGAGGUGCAGCGUCUCUUGACAAAAAAAUCACAUAACUAAGUUCUGAGGACUGUAGCACAGUACUUUUGUUCUAAGAGUUGUAGUUUGUAGAUGUGUGUUUUGACAAAAGACUUUCAUUUAAAGCUAACUUAUAUUAGCUACAUCUUCUGUAACAUGGCUCAUUACCAGUGAAGAAUACAGACUGAAGUGCAUACUGCUGUUACAAAGGAUGGCAGUAUUAAUAACUCACAUAAACCCUUUGCACAUGAUAUUGAACCUGUUCAGUUUACAAUGACAGUACUGUUUAUAGAUAGAAAUUUGAUUUCUGAAUACUUUGAGAUUUUAGUAGAUUGGUUUACUAUACACUGUACAUUUUUUUCCACAGAAGAAAUAAAAAGCGAUUACGCAUUAACACUGAAUGAUUAUACUCCUGAGUGUAUAUAUCUAGUAGCCCAAAAAUCAAAGUACCGGAUUUAUAUUUGCAAUUUGUUUGCGAGUCUUUAAAUUAAGACUUAUACAAAAUGUACUAAAACAAUAAUAAUUAUAUAAUUAAUAAUAACAAUUUUAAAAAUCUCUAAUUUAGGGCUAAUGUGUAACUUAGGAAUGUUUCUUUCAGAAUUAUCUAACAAAUCAGCCAUAGAAGUUAGUGUAAAUAUUUUUUUUCCAAAUAGAUAUCAUAUACAAAAGGUGACAUUCAAAUGAUAUAGAAUCUAGUUUUUAAAUCAGCACAGAUCUUCUUAAAACUGUGAACUAUGUUUUGAAAUACUCGUUACUAAAGCUGUUUAUAAACCACAGGUGCCAUAAGAUCCCUGAACUGACUGAUGUUAUGUAUAAUCUUCCACGGUAUUGUUUCAUUGAUGUUUUAGCUUUAGUAAGCAUGUGUUCAACAAAUUGUCUCUUUCCAUUCCUCUGCCCCUCCGUCUCACCCACUCCAUUACGUUAUUUUUGAGGCCUUCAGCUUUAAAUGUACAGGCUUAAAGUGCGCUUGCAACUGUUCUCUUUUGAUUUCCGAAUGUGUAUUGCCUUAGCCAGCCACCAGAUGUUCUGCAUGCACUCUUGGAAAUGUGUGGUGAGACUCUUUCAGAGCUGGAUGGAGAAUUAGCUAUCAGUGAAAAGCACAAGAGAAGCGGUGGGUUUUCUCGAAAGGACGGGCAUACAGUUACAGAAUUGGAGCUUUGUGCAUUUUUGUAACUCAAGUGUAAAGGUAUUUCAGGAGAAAGGGGACAUAUCCUGCUGUUUGGGAUUAGGAAGUGAGACUGCUAGCUAAGAACUGUUUGCUCACUGUUACUGCAAACUGAGGGACAGUUCUGAGCAGGGACAGACGCAAAUAUAGUGGAAUGUCCCCCACACAGCGUAUUGCUUGGAAAUAAAGCUUACACCUUUAUGGUAGAUCACAUACCAUGGCUAGUUCUAGAGCCACGUCUCUGGAGCCAGCCCAUGGACAGCUAGACCAGAAGCAGGAUGGCUGUGUCAACACAAGGCAGUGCAUUGGAUGCACAGCCCAGUGGAGAAGCGCAGUGCGUUAGCCUGGGGCGACCUCUGGGCAGAUGUAAUUUUACUGCACCGAUACGACAUUGCUGCUUCCGAAGUGAUGCCGUCCAGCAGCCCUGAUAACAAUAGCGUUUCAUACAGGUAUUUCACACCAGCACAGUUUGCCUACAGCAGGUGGUCAGUUACCGAUGUGGAGCAGGUGAACACGGUUUGUCUGUCCUCUCUUUUGUGGUUACGUGGAUGUGCGCUGCCGUAUUUACUUGAGAUUGCUGUGUAGCUCAACUCUGUUCACUUGAUGCUUGCAUGCACUCUCCAGGCUUAUGGCUGUUUCCCUGGGCACAGUGUGUUAGGGGAUGAGUAUCUGUAUGAAAGAGCUGCUGCCAUUUUUCACUUUCAUAUCGCAUUAUUGCUUAUGCAAAUCUUUUAUCCAUACCUCCUUGCGUAUCUGGGCUUGGUCUCAGACAUCCAAACAGAUUCUGAGGUAUCCAGAUACCCUCAUGUAAACUUUUCACUUCUGCAGCCACAGUCCUUUCCCUGGGAUAUGUACCGGCCUGGCAAGGCUGGCCCCAUAUUCUGAUGCCCCUCCUCCAGCCUCCUCUCAGGAAUGGGUGAGCCUCCACUAGUGCCUAGCACUCCACAUUUAGAGCUACUCCAGAGAAACUGUAGAUGAUGCUGUCAGCUCAGGAUUCCAGUCGAACAUUUCCUGAACAGAGACAGAACAAACAAGUUGGAACACAGCUACGUGCGAUGGCUGACUAAUUCAACCCAUGUCAUGUUUAACUGUACCCAGAGUAGUAGCUCCCUCCCAUCAUCUUCAUGUCUGUGUGAUCAUUAUCACUAUGCUUAAAAUAGACACAAUAGAAUAACUCUAUUGCUAGAGCUUCCAGACUAGGAGCAAUGAGGGAAGCUGGCUGAUCGCAUGCCUUUCUGUCAGACUGGUGUCAGCAGGGCCAUCCCCAGCAGAGCUCUAGGUCCCUGCCUCCCUGGAGCCCCGAGAUGAAGCACCCUUCACUCAGCUCUCCAAAUAUCUAUUUUAAGCAUUUCCCAACUGUCAAGCUGGCUACAUAUUCACCCAGCUGGUCUUUGUCUGCUUGUUGAAUAUUAUUUUGAUUGUGGUUUGCGGUCAUUAAAGCAAACAGUUACAGAAGAGGUCCUCGGCGGGGGCCUUUUCUUAGCUCCCGAUGGCCCACCACAGCAGUCAAAACUCUGGGUGGUUUUACUGUCACUGGAGGGAACCAGUGGUUUGGAUUCAGGAGACAGGGAUGUGAAGAUGUAUAGGGUCCUCGAAUGUCCAAAGCGAAGGUGGUGAAUGGGUUGUCUGUAAGUAGUAAUGUUAACUAAACUGCAUAAAAAGGUGUGUGGCCUUUGUUGUGAUAUAAUAUGUAUUUUCUUAUAUGCAUGAGCCAAAUUGUUGCAUCAUGAUUUAUCAUGUGUGUCUGCCUUUACUUUCAGUCAUCUUCUCCCAUCUUUAUUGGUUCUUGGCAAUUACUGUAGAUAGAUUUUGUAAAUAUUGCAACCUCGGGUUGCUGUAAUCACGUUGGUUCAAUUCAGCAGACGGAGCUGUGAACAACAAGCACUCCACUGUGUCCUGAAGGCAAAGGGCAUUUUUACCUUUGAACCAAAAACAAAUGUAUGAAGAGUUACAUCUUGAGGCUACUAACUGCAAGACAUUUUUAAAACUACUGUACUUGACACCACUUGAGACAGAUACAGAGACACUAAAGAUGUCACAAUAUUCAUUGGUAUUGUAACAGAACUGCUAUUGUAUGGGUUUUUUGUAUUGCUGUUAAGUAUUGUUUUGUGUGUGUGUGUUGGAACCUACUGGGGACAUGUUAUAUUUUGAAGUGAUUAAACUAUUUAAUUGUGUGUCUAUAUUUUGGAAUGGAAUUAUUUCUUCAUUAAAAAGAUUUUUAAAAGUAA